UGUCUGUCGGUGCGGAACUCCUCUGCUGGUGGAGUCGAGGGAGGGGUUCUGAACCUCAAGGCCACGGAACUCAGGUUGGGGCUGCCUGGGUCGGAGUCGCCCCACCGCGUGGAGAAGAUCGGGCUCACCCUGGAUUUGCUCCCCAAGAGCUUCGUCUCCGGUGCCGUAAAAGGUGGCGGCUUGUUUUCGGGGAGAGGGGAGGUUGCGUCCGGUGGCAGUGCAGGGCAGCUUUCUGGGCAAGGGAAUGUGGGGAAGGACCUAGCAGUGAAAGCGGCUGGGCAGGAGCGGAAGGUCACCCCGAAGGGCUGUGGUUCUGUUGGGAAUGAUAGUCCGGUAGCUCCUACAGCGAAAGCACAGGUGGUUGGUUGGCCACCAAUCCGUAGUUAUCGGAAGAAUACAAUGAUUACAAAUCCAUCUAAGGUUAAAGAUGAUGCUGAUGGAAUACAAGGGCAAGGGUGUCUUUAUGUGAAGGUUAGCAUGGAUGGAGCUCCUUAUCUGAGGAAAGUUGAUCUCAAAAUAUACAAAAACUAUAAGGAACUUUCAUCAGCACUUGAGAAAAUGUUCAGCGACUUCACAAUUGGUCGGUGUGAUUCUCAUGGAAUACCAGGCAGAGAGGAGUUAUCUGAGAAUCAUUUGAUGGAUCUCCUGAAUGGUUCUGAGUAUGUCAUUACUUAUGAAGACAAGGAUGGAGACUGGAUGCUUGUUGGUGAUGUGCCAUGGGCGAUGUUCACAAACUCAUGCAGGAGGUUGAGGAUCAUGAAAGGUUCAGAUGCUAUUGGACUUGCCCCAAGGGCCCUGGAGAAAUGCAAGAACCUGAAAUAGACACAUUAUCAUGGACACAAUAAUCAGAUAGCUGUAAGUGUAUUUGAGAAUGGAAGUUGAAAGGGUUUAGUUAUCAAUUGUUUUAUAUAGCUUAUGCUUUGUGGCUUGCUGUUCUGAAUGGACUAUUUAGGCUUGUUACUACAUUCCGAUGCUUAAGUCAGGACCUAAGUUUGUUGGACUAUGCUUGCUUGAGUUUCUGCGAGUUUCCCUUGUAAUUGUAAUAUAAAUGCUUGGAUUGCUGUUUG